AUGCAGCAUAUCAAGGGGCAAAUGACGGCGCAUGGUUGGACAAGUCGGUCAGAUGAAUCAAAAACGCGAAUAUUGGAGCAAUUGCGUGACAUGGUCACUGAGCUUCGCUCUGUCACACCCCCAGAAGGGACAAAGGUUAGCAGUAUCGAAGGCGGGCCUUUCUACGACUGUCGGCUGCCGUCAAGGCUCUACUGGGGUCCCUAUGCCAGUGUUCGCAAGUUCCACGAAGCGCUGGUCGAUAACAUUCCUUGGGACGCUGAAUAUACCAACUAUCCUGAUCUUGUUGAACUCUUUGAAUUCUACCGGCAAGUAGAAAACGAGAUAGUCCUCACCCAUGGCGACCUGAGCAGUCUCAACAUUCUGGCUCGUGGAGACAGAGUUGUAGGUAUAGUGGACUGGGAGACGGCAGGAUGGUUCCCGGCUUACUGGGAAUACACCACAGCAAGAUAUGUCAACCCGUAA